AUGCUCCAAAACAGUGGUACAAUGAACAAAAUCACCAAUAGCUCCUCUUCUUCUCCACUGUUUGAAAUCUCCACUCCAACUGAUAGCACCAGCUUUGUAACUGUUGGGUCACAACAACAACAACAACAAAAUAGAUCCACUCCUAAUUCCUCUACUUCGACCAUGGUUGCAAUGACGAGUCGAGAACAACAUAACGUAACCCAUACAAAGAGGAAUGACUCUUCAAUGCAUUUGACUCUACCAUCCACUCCGUCUUCAAUAUACAAUAAUUCUUCCAACAACACUCCAUCAUUCCAAACGACCACUGCAGUUGUACAAGCGAACGGUCACAACACGAGUAUGAUGAGAGACGAUCAUGUUCAAGCAUUUCACACGUUGUCAAGUCGUGCCAAUAAUUCUGAACAUGGAAAUGAGUUGAUCGUGGGAAUGGACAGACUGCCUUCAUCAUUAACAAACUCUACAACUGGUGCUGAUCAUUCCUCAACUCCAACAAUUCCUCGUCAUAAUAUUGGAAUGACCAUUGACAAUCAGUCUGUGGACGAUUUAGUGAAUAACAUUCUUAAUACCUUGCCAAUGGCUGCUCUCUUAAAAGCUCAAUAUAACAUCCCUGACAGCAUUACAACCUCUACGAACCAUGGUUGUACUACUAGUCAAAUGAGCGCAUUCAAUCCAACCCAUAAUCAAAAUCCUUCCAUUCAUCCGUUAAAUAAUUCCAACACUGUUUCAACACCUUCUCAUCCCAUCAUGGUAAUGAUGAACUCCGUCAUGAGCAAUUCUCAAAUUCCAAAACAACCACCAACACUUGCCAGUGACAUGUAUUCUACUCAACCAACAUUGUGCUUGACAUCCACUUGUCAAAACAAUUCUUCCUUAAUGUUGCCUCAAUCUUUACUCUCUUCCACGAAUGGCAUGCUCAUGUGUUCCUCCAAUCAAACUCAUGAUGAACACAAUGUUGAGCAAAUUCAAGAAAUGGUGUUAAGUACUGGAACGCGAGUUCCCUACAUUGAGACGAGAAAUCGUGUGACAAGGAAAGAGAGUGACGCUCCCAUUCUGGCACAAUCUUUUGCUGCAGUUCACAGAAAUAAUGACAUGUUCCAUUUAACACCAUUGACAACAACCAUUCCAACGCCUCAACCGUCACCACCACUUGUUGUUGUUCCAUCCUUUGAAUUUAAAAGCAUUACUACGACCUCUCCAUUUUCCAGCAAUGAAAGAUGUGCUACGAAUCUACCUUCACAAAAUAACACCAAAACUCCAAUUGGAGACGAGUCCUUCAAUCGACUUGUUCAUGCAAUCAGUGGAAGUGACACUCCCAAUUUCAGUCCAUCAUUCUUUCACUCUUCCAAUAUUCAGCAACAGCAACAUUUACAAAGAGAACAUGAAUUGGGUUGGUCCUCAAUUCCUGAUUCUGUCAAUGGUUAUCAACAUGUGGAGAGGAGUCCUCAACACUCUUCGUGUGAAGAUCCAACUGCUUCAUCGUCACCAUCCAUGGAAGCCAUGGCGAUCAUCAGUACAGAAUUAAAUCAAACCUCCUCUCGUCCAAAGACAUGUUCAAUGAUGGCGGCUGACAUUGUGCAAACAAGUUUUAGUGGAGCUGCUUUUCCUACCAUCAUGACUCCACCACAACAUCAAACAAUACCACAAAUAGUCAUUUCACAAGCAUCUCCAUUAACACCACCACCACCACCCGAAUCACACAAAGGUGUUAAAUCUUCACCUUGUAAAAUUGAGAAAAAACGUUCGAGAAGGCGAAGCAAUGCAUCCCAUUCGAGUGCAUCUUCCAAUAGCAGCACAGAACAAUGCAACUCAACACUCAAGAACAAUUCUACAUCUCAGAGUAGAAAUAAGCAAAAGAAACUCGUAUUCAAAAUUUCAUCUCCGCACAAUACGGAACAACACGAAUUGGAUCAAAAACUUGUGAAUAUUUCAGAGGAGACACUUCGAGCCAUUGUGAUGAGAAGCAAAUCGCCAAAAACAGAGCAGAGAAAGAGAGGGAGACCAAAGAAAUCAGAGCAAUCGAAUGCGCAGUCUGCAACGGUUAUUGUGAAACCCAACCUCACAUUCUAUGAUAAUUGUUAUGAAGAUCUCAAUGUCUUGUAUCGAGAUGAUGAUGAGCUGGAGGAGUGUGAAGAUGAAGAGCUCGUAAGAACAAAUCAGCACUAG